AGCAUUCGUUUGCCAUCGUGAAAACGAUCAGAAAGCCGGUGUGCUGCACGCGAGUGGACGCGCGAUCUACGAAACCAAAGCACUGCUUGCCAAGCCAAUUGCUCGAAUUUGGUAACAGAACUCGAGCCGCCGAGUGUGGUGAUUGUUGAGGUUGAGUCAGUGGUGAUCGGUAUUCGCCGUUUUCGAGCAAGGAUACGUCUGCUGGAUGCUGCAGACCCGUCCUGACCUCCGCCAAUAACAGCACAAACAGACAACCACCGAGCUACGCAUUAACAAGCGAGCGUGGUCGCCAGACAGAGAUUCCUACUUGAGAUUCGUGUGAACGAGUAGCAGCAGCAUCAACCAUGGGUAUGGGACAGAGCAAACGGUCCGUGGACAUCACAGCCACGCCAAAGAAGGGUGAGGUGGCCGUCGAGAACGGCAAGGUGGCCGACGAUGGCACCGAGCUGGUCGGAAAGGUCGAGAAGAUCAUCGACAACGACGAGAACAAAGCGCCGAACGGCACCACGCCCCACAACGGACACGCCGAGGAACCGAAAGAGAAUGGCGAUGUAGAGAAGGGUGUGGCUCCAGUGGCCAAGGCCGAGGAGGACGUCGUCGCCCCGGCCGAGGGUGGAGAGGCCGUUCCAGUGGAGAAGCAGAACGGCACCAAGGAGGAAGAGGCCUCCUCGUCCAGCCCCGAUAAGCCUAAGAAGAAGAAGAAGAAGUUCAGCUUCCGCUCCAUCAGCUUCUCGCGCAAGGACAAAAAGGCCGUCGCCAAGAAAGAGAAGGAGGCAACCCAGGAGGAGACGGCGGCCGCCGUCGACGCCGCCGCCGCCGCCGGGGACGUCAAGGAGGAGGCCCCCAAGCAGGAUGCUGCCGACGCUCCCGCCGACGCCGAGAAGAAGCCUGAGGAGACCAAGGAGGCUGAAAAGACAGAGGAGAAGUCGAGCGAGGAAGUGCCGCCGCCUCUGCCAACCACCCCUCCCCCGGCCGACGAACUGGCCGUGCCAGCCGUGACCGUGCAGCCCGCCACCCCCGUCGCCGUCGUUGCCGCCGUCGCCGAAAAGGCGGAAGAGAAAGUGGAGGAGGCGCCCGUAGUGGAAGUCAAGGAGGCUGAGGUCGAGUCGACGCCCGCCCCCGUUGUCGAAGAGGCGCCUGAGCCAGUCGCUGAGCCCGCCAAGGAGCCCGAACCAGUCGAGGAGGUGAAGGAAGAGGAGCCCGCCGCGCCUGAGGUCGCUCCUGUCGAGCCAGAGGCUGUGCCUGAGCCUGUGGAAGAGCCCGUUGCUGCUGUCGUCGCCGCCGCCGCCGCCGUCACCGAGCCUGAGCCAGAGGCCAAGGUGGAGGAGGAGGCGGUCACCCCCGCCAAGGAGGAGAGCGAAGAGAAGAGCGAGGAGGCGGCUCCGGAGGCCGAGGCCAAGGCAGCUGACAGCGAACAGGUGCAAAAAGACGGAGGAGACGCCCCAGAAGCAGACAAGCAACAAGCAAAAGAAAAAGCGGAAGAAUAAGAAAUAAGCGCGCCGCCUCGAGGGAACCCUUUGCUCCCGAGUGAACCCUCAUAUCGGACUUUGAAUAAUAUAAAUCGAAGAAGAGAAAAGAAGAAAAAUGAUCACAUUCUUAAUUUUAAUUUUGUGCCUGUUCGUCGUCAGCUUAUAUUAAAUCUUUUGCAAACACACACACACAUACACGGGGGCCACGAAAUCUCCAACAUCAAUUUUUUUUAAAUUGUAAGCAGAAGUUGCCUAGAAAUUUUUGUAUUACGUCGCCGUAGAAUUUGUCUCUCCGCGCCUUUCAAUGGGGGAUUUGCCGCUGGGAAGAAAUUCGUUUGGCUGCGGCAAGCAGGCUCGGGCGCAUUUCGAAAUUAGCAAGUGUCUUCAGCGUGGACCCCCGUCGUUACUGGACUGGCAAUACACUAUUAUAUUAUUUGUUCUUUUCCUUUUCCACACGUUUUGUUGAAAUUCCUUGCGCCAAAAGUUGUAUAAAUUUCACUUCUGAAUAAUAAACUUAAGUGCUUUGUCAAUAAACUCUAGAUAAUUUUAAUUGGACGAGCAAGUUGAAAGGGGGCAUUCGGUCUCGAAACCGACUCAACUCCGGUUCCUCCACCGACCGCCUCCUUUGAUGCAAAAUAAUAUUUUUUGUAUGCAUUUUGUAUUGGUGAAUGAACAAAAAUUAAAAUUGGUCAGACUCGGGACAAUUUGUUAAUAUUUAUCCGAAACUGAGGAAAAUACAGAAAUGUGUAUUGAAUAAGUAGCUGAUAAUUACUAUCGUGGUAGGUGAGAAUCAUAGCUAGACCAUUUUCUAUAUCAAUAUUACACACACACAAGCAUAAUAAUCAACACAAGUUUUAAGGAAGAAAAUAAAACGAUUUGUAAUACGAUUUUGACGUCACUUUUCUAAAUUUUUACACAAAAAUACUGAACAUGCCGGCAGCUCAGUUGUUCGAUUUUGAUGGAAGACAAGUUACGUUGAGUCUGUGCAAAGUGGCAGGCGAGAGAAUCAAUCCGUUUGUGAAUAUACAUUUGUAUCCUGGAAAAACAACGAUCACACGAGUGUGUCUCGGCGCGGCUCGGGGACGGACGGUUGCUUUUUUUAUCACUGGAGGAGAAAAAUUAUCCUAGGAUUGGAGAUUGGAAUGGAACGAGAACAGUUGCUGUGAUCAUUUAGAUUAAAUGAAAGCAAUUCAAAACUUCACAAAAAAAAAUGGAAAAGGAAAAUCGAUUGAUUGCAGUUAUUUCUCUCUGUCUCGCAAUUAAGUGUUUUAGAUGUGAAUGUAAUUACUAUUGCUACCCUAUUGAUUGUAUGUAAAGAAGCAGUUGCACAUCUAAGUUCCCCCAUCUGCUGUCUAUUUUUUUAAAGCCCUUCUUUGACGCCAGCAGUCACUAUAAUGUCGAUCGAGUCCCGCUUCUCUAUCUCUCUCCGCCAGCGUAAUAUUUCGAAAAAAUACAAUCCGUUCAUGCAUUUAUUUUAAGUUGGAGUAAAUAAGCAAAUAUUAGUACUAGGUUGGUGCUUCUUAAUUACAAAGUGUGUAUCCUGCCUUUUGUCAGUAUAGCAACAAAACUGAUCAAUUGAUAAUGAUAAUAAAAUCUUUGUUCAAAUCAA